AGUCUCUCUGUGUGUCACUGCUGCGUUUGUUGGCUUGACAAGCGAGUAAAGCAGCUCAGGCAGACGAGCUAACAGGAGCUGGGCAGGUUUAAAGUCUGCAUUUCUCUUGGGAACCGGUGAACCUCACGGCUUCAUGGUUUCUCUCCAACCUAACAGCUUUGUGUGGAAAUAGUUAAAGAGGCGCAGGGGGUUUAGGACUCAGUCAGGAGGAUAUCCAGUGAGACAGACACACAGAGAGAGUCUCGACAUCUAGCUUUAGACGAGCCUGUUAUUGCGAUUCAGUGGUGGACGGUGUUGCCGUGCUGACGGGGUUUGGCCGUGUGCGAGGCAUUGUUUCAGCAGUGUGCGACGCUGUUUUGCUAUGAAGAUCUGGUGCUGACACUGAGGUUGCCCCUCUGAUAGAAGAUGUCGACAAUGGUGUAUCCUCGUGAAGAGAAGCUGGAGAAGCUGACACAGGAGGAGAUCAUCUCAAACACUAAGCUGGUGAUCCAAGGCCUGGAGGCACUGAAGAGCGAGCACAACUCUAUCCUGCACAGCCUGCUGGAGACCAUCAAGUGCCUGAAAAAAGAUGAGGAGGCCAACCUUGUGCAUGAGAAGUCCAACUUGCUCCGCAAAUCCGUGGAGAUGAUUGAGUUGGGCCUGGGGGAGGCACAGGUCAUGAUGGCUCUGUCUAAUCACCUUAAUACCGUGGAGUCAGAGAAGCAGAAGCUGCGAGCACAGGUGCGGCGUCUGUGCCAGGAGAACCAGUGGCUGCGGGACGAGUUGGCCAACACGCAGCAGAAACUGCAGAAGAGUGAACAGAGUGUCGCUCAGCUCGAGGAGGAGAAGAAGCACCUGGAGUUCAUGAAUCAGCUUAAAAAAUAUGAUGAUGACGUUUCGCCCUCGGAGGAAAAAGAUGGCGAGCCACCUAAAGACUCUCUGGACGAUCUUUUCCCUAAUGAUGAAGAGGAACAUGGUCAAGGAAUGCAGCACCAGCACAACAGUGCAGCCGUGGCAGCAGCGCAGCAGGGAGGAUAUGAGAUCCCAGCCCGCCUCCGAACCCUCCAUAACCUGGUGAUCCAGUACGCCUCUCAGGGUAGAUAUGAGGUGGCGGUGCCGCUGUGCAAACAGGCUCUGGAGGACCUGGAGAAAACCUCAGGCCAUGAUCAUCCUGAUGUUGCUACCAUGCUCAACAUCCUCGCCCUGGUGUACAGGGAUCAGAACAAGUAUAAAGAGGCAGCACACCUGCUCAAUGAUGCUCUGUCCAUCAGGGAGAAGACUCUUGGCAAAGACCAUCCUGCAGUGGCUGCCACCCUGAAUAAUCUGGCUGUGCUGUACGGGAAGAGGGGCAAAUAUAAGGAAGCUGAACCACUGUGUAAGAGGGCCUUGGAGAUCAGAGAGAAGGUGCUUGGAAAGGACCACCCCGAUGUGGCUAAGCAGCUGAACAACCUGGCUUUGUUGUGUCAGAACCAGGGCAAGUAUGAGGAGGUGGAGUACUACUACUGCAGAGCUUUGGAGAUCUACGAGUGCAGGCUUGGGCCUGAUGACCCUAACGUCGCCAAGACAAAGAACAAUCUGGCUUCAUGCUUUCUCAAACAAGGGAAGUACAAAGAGGCUGAGAUUCUUUACAAAGAGAUUCUCACCCGUGCCCAUGAGAAGGAGUUUGGAUCAGUCGAUGCUGAGAACAAGCCGAUCUGGAUGCAUGCUGAGGAGAGGGAGGAGAUGAGCAAAGGCAAGCACAGAGACAACACCCCAUAUGGAGAGUAUGGUGGCUGGUACAAGGCCUGCAAAGUCAACAGUCCAACUGUGAACACCACUCUGAGGAAUUUGGGUGCGCUGUACCGCCGGCAAGGCAAGAUGGAGGCUGCGGAGACCCUGGAGGAGUGUGCCAUGAGAUCCCGCAAGCAGGGGAUCGAUCCCAUCAACCAGAGCCGUGUGGUUGAAAUUCUGAAGGAGGGUGAUGGAGAGAGGAGGAGGAGCAGGGACAGCAUGUCCAGUGUUAAGUACGAUAGCAGCUCAGAGGCUGGAGAGGAAGUGAGUAUGGGCGUAGAGUGGAGCGGGGAUGGUAGUGGGGCUCUGCACAGGGGCGGCUCUCUGGGGAAGAUCAGAGACGUGCUGCGUAGAAGCAGUGAAAUGCUGGUGAAGAAACUGCAAGGAAAUGGACCUCCAGAGCUGCUGCGCUCCCCCUCCAAUAUGAAGCGCGCUUCCUCCCUCAACCACCUGAACAAGACGAAUGAUAAUCCCUUCCAGAGCCCCGGGUUAAAUAGGUUGAGACAGAGCCGUGGCUUGAGCUCCAGUAAUUUGGAUCUGUACAGUGGGAAUUGAAAAAGGAAAAAUGCCUUGACGACUCCAGUUAUGACCUUACCACGCCAUCCCAAAUCCUCCACUUUUAAUAAAAGCCUGGCAAGCGCUCAGCUAUCCACAAACCUGGUCCUGCAAGAAAUUAAUCAACGCUCUUGGAAGGAUUGCACUCUCUAGCUCUCACUAAUGCAAAAUACAGGGUGUUUAAAAAAAAAAAUGAUAUUAUUUAAGAUGUAACUAUCCCAGAAACUCCAUAGUCUAGGCAAAUGAAACUGAACAGGCUUAAUGUUGAUCAAUAUCAGAUUUGUUCCUCAGAAUUUGAACGAGAAAUUCAAAGCUAUGUGGAUUCCAUGAACGAUUUCACAAAUUUUCGACGGUGCUCGAGCGUACUCUAACACACACGAAACAUCUUUUCUUUUCCAGUGAAUGCCAUUUCUAUACCUAAAACGAUAAAAACUAAAAUUUUGACCUGUUUCUACACGUGCUGUUAAUUUGAGGUCAGUUGAACAAGAAUUGGCGAAGUUAUUAGACUGUGAAAUGAUAUCAAGUUUUUUAAAACACUCUGUAUAAUUUAGACAGUUGUUACAGUUUUUUGUCUUGCUUUCUGUUACCAUACUUUCUCCCGGUUACCUGAACAGCUAUGUUAGAGGGUCCAUGUGUCUUGAACUAACGUGUCUACUACUUUCUCAGCCAGGAAACAUACUGUAUCUUAGAUGGUGCAAUGCUACCGUACAUUAGUCUCAGUUAGUAACUCUGAGUAAAAAACAUUGUUGGUUAUUUGAGUCAUAUAGCAGAAUUCUAUUAUAAAACUUGUAUAAAAUAUACACUGAGUUGUUUUGGUACAUCUUAUUUUAUGUAAAAAGAAACUUCUUAGGCUUUGUAAAUAAUUCUUUUAGCUUUUGCCUUUCUUUCUGGUCUUUUGGGGGAUGAAAUAGUGGAAAUGAGGAAAAAGUCAGCUUUGUAUCUUUCACUUGUAUCAUGUUGGUCCUGGACUGUUACUGUAUCUACACUUCCAUAUCGUGCGGAGAAGACAAAACUCUGCUCAAUUCAGACAGCCUAGGGAUUUAGGUAUUAGAUAGCUGUAGAGAGAAAUACCCUGAAACACAGAGACUUAGUUACUGGGAAGUGUCUUAUUUUCAUCUCAUCUCAUUAUCUGUAGCCGCUUUAUCCUGUUCUACAGGGUCGCAGGCAAGCUGGAGCCUAUCCCAGCUGACUACGGGCGAAAGGCGGGGUACACCCUGGACAAGUCGCCAGGUCAUCACAGGAAGUGUAUUAUUAUUAUUAUUAUUAUUAUUAUUGUAGCUUAUCUAUAAUUAAGGUUUGAGCAAAAGGGCAAAAAACCAAACCUUGGACCAACAGUAAUGUAUAUAAUGAGGCACUACAUGUCAUUUUAAAUACUAUGUUUUCUUAAAGGUUAAGGUCAUGGGCUUUGUUACUAUAUUUGUGAAACGAGUCUCUAAAAUGUAUAACGUUAAUAUGCUUGUUACUGCUGGGAUUUGCUCGAAGCAUUAUCGUGAUGGUGGGAUUUUUUUUUUUUUUUAAAUACGAGAGUAAGUCAAAAAGUUCUAAGACAGAUGUUAUAAUUUCAAAAGGAAUUCAUGGAAGGAAUUCUCCGAUGGAAACAUCGCUUGCAGAAGUGUUUAGAUUUAAAUGGAGGAUAUGUAGAGAACUAGCUUUAUUUUCACAAAUAAAGAUUUUUUUUUCCCCAUUUGUCUUAGAGCUUUUUGACUUACCCUCGUAUUUUCUCUUUUACACUGAAUUGUUGUUUUUCUUUAUUAAAAAAAAAUCAUUGCACUCUACUGUAUCUUCCUUUUAGCUUGAUCCUUCUACUGAUUUGUGUUCCUGAAACUGGCGGUGUAACAUUUCAGUGAUGGUGAAAUGUGGUAUAAAAUGGGCUAACUGGGAACCGAUGCAUUGUAAUGAUGUGCCAGUUAAGUACAAGGUUUGCUGAACGUGAUUGGUACAGGAAUUUCUCAGGUAAUGCCAAAUUUAUAAGAUGUUUAUAUAAUAAAUAUGAAACCCUGCAAGUGUGUUAAGCUGUAAAAGGUUUAACAUUUCAUAUAAAAAUGCAUUGACGCUGUCAACGAGAGAGUUGAUGGCCAGUUAUUUUAAAUCAUAGUCAUAUUGAUGGUUCCUUUGAGCUGUGUUUUUUUUUUUUUUUUUUUUUGUGUGUACAGUGUGUGUGUAAUAUUGCAGGGUUGUUUUUUGUGUUUUUUUUUAAUGACACAUUUGGCAAAUUUCUACAAAGAACCAAAGUACUUUAGCAAUUUUAUGCAUGCUUAUAAUUCCUCAGCAUGAUUAGGAUUUUAUAAUGCUGCUGAUGUGAGGAGAAUUUUUAAAAUGUUACACAAGGCAGUGUGUUUGAAAUGUUUUAUAAGCCUUGAAGACUUUUACUGGUAGAGAGUGAUGAUGCAUGUGAUAGUGAUGGGAAAAGGUCAGUAUGGAUUUUUAAAGACGCCUCUGCAUGACUUCAGCUGAACAGCUUAACUGUAAAAAGCCUUCCUUUGAACUCUACAGGUGUUGGGUACGAUAGCCAUAGAAGCCCUGCUGUUGGGUGUAACUGCCAUCUGUAUGAUUUAUACACUCAUAUUUUGUGAUGUGAAAGAUGUGGUGGAAAAUAAAUCAUUCAGCCUUCUA